CCGCGCACGCAGCCGCCCGCUCCGCCCCGCGCCCCCCGCCGCCGCCGAGCGAGGCCGCGGGCGCCGCCGAUGGAGAAAGUGCCGGGCGAGAUGGAGAGCGAGCGCCGGGAGCGCGGCGAGGAGCUGUCCGAGGCGGAGAGGACGGCGGUGCAGGCGACGUGGGCCCGGCUCUACGCCAACUGCGAGGACGUGGGGGUGGCCAUCCUGGUGCGGUUCUUCGUGAACUUCCCGUCGGCCAAGCAGUACUUCAGCCAGUUCCAGCACAUGGAGGAGCCGCUGGAGAUGGAGCGCAGCCCGCAGCUGCGGAAGCACGCCCGCCGCGUCAUGGGAGCCCUCAACUCGGUGGUGGAGAGCCUGCAUGACCCCGAGAGGGUGUCUUCCGUGCUCGCCCUGGUGGGCAAGGCCCACGCCCUCAAGCACAAGGUGGAGCCCGUGUACUUCAAGAUCCUCUUGGGGGUCAUUCUGGAGGUGAUCGCCGAGGAGUUUGCCAACGACUUCCCGCCCGAGACGCAGAGAGCCUGGGCCAAGCUGCGCGGCCUCAUCUACAGCCACGUGACCGCGGCCUACAAGGACGUGGGCUGGGUACAGCAGGUCCCCAACGCCACCACCCCCCCGGCCACGCUGCCUUCCCCCUCGUCGGGGCCCUAGGGCCCCCGCUGUCUGCCCCGCUCGCCGGCAGCACCCGGAGCGGAAGGCCGCGCUCUGAAGACCCUCCUUGACCCUCCGCUGCUGGGCGCCAGGGAGGCCGGAGGGACCCCGGCCGGGCGUCUUCCUGGACGGGCCUCUGCCUCCAGCCCCCGGAGGCGGCGCUGGAUGCUGACCCCGCGGUGGCGCGGCCUGCGGGGUGGGGGGCCCUUUCCCCUCCAAGAGCCAGGCCCACGCUCCUUAGCUUUUCUACUUAUCACCGUGGAGAGCCCGCAGGCGGCGGGCGGGACGCGGCGGGUCUGUGUGUGGCCGCGGCUGCGCCAGGCCCGCCCGGCUUCUGUCGCCCGGCCAGCAUGCAGGUCUCCGUCACCUCUAGAACAUCACGCACACGUAUCUACCAUGUCACACACGAUAUAUUCUAUAUGCAGCCUCUAUAAAGAUAUAUAUACACUCACAUCUAUACUGUGUACCCCCGGGGAGGGGCCUCGGGCCUGCUCCCCUGCGCGCGGGGCAGGGAGGGGCCCUGCCCGUGCUUCUGGGCAGAGGACGGGGUGUUCUGGCAGAGAUGAGGGUCCCGCGUGGGCACAGAGGGGAGCUGGGCCUGUGGGCGGGGUUGGGGGCGACCCCAGGGCCCGCGUGGGCAGGGCUGGGGUGACGCAGCCCAUUCUGGGACCGGCUCCCGCCUCCCUGCGAGAAGGAUUUGGCUCUCCCCGCUUUUACCCCACACAGAGGGAUGCGUGUGGCUCGCUGCCCUGCUCCCUCAAGGUCAAGGGCAGGCAGGGGGGCCGGGAGUCCCAGGCCGGGACGCCUGCAAGGGGGAGGGGCGGAGGUGGAGCCCCAUCUGCCUUUGUCACGAAGCCGGCGGCCCCAGCGGGAGGGGGCGGCGGGCAGGGCCAGCUGCCUCAUCGCCUCCCUGUGGAGCUCGGAGGCUGGGGCCCCCCGUCCCCGCCCUCCCGGCUGCUGGGUCAGGGCGGCGGGGACACCCCGUGUGCGCCCCUCGGUCACGUGUGUCGCCGUCCUCAGGAUGUUCUGCUGCUGUGACUGUUGUGCCGUGUCCCCUCCGGUGCCCUCCGUGUGACUGCCUGUCCUCCUUUUGUAGUUUCUGAUGUUUGUAACCAGACCCGGCGUGUCAUUAAACAGACUCCUCUUCCUGUG